AUGAGUUCUAGCUCUAGAGACUCCUUUUGCUCUCCUCUUCCUCCACUGGACUGGAAGUUCUCUCAAGUCUUCGGUGAAACAUCUCCCUGUGAAGACCUUCAAGAUGUUGAUGUUGUAUGUUCCAUUGGAUUUGAGAAGAGCGGUGAUUACAUAGGUGUUGGAGAUCGAGGUGGUCGUGUUGUAAUUUUCGAAGCAAAACAUGGCAAACACACUACGAAUACACACCUUUAUCGAAACGAGCUGGAGCGGUUGGAUUCCACCUUUACAGCACAUCCUGAAUAUCAGUACAAGACAGAGUUUCAGAGUCAUGAACCCGAGUUUGAUUACUUGAAGAGUAUGGAAAUUGAGGAGAAGAUUAAUAGAGUAAAAUGGUGUUCAACUUCCAAUGGAUCGCUGUUUAUCCUCUCAGCGAAUGAUAAGACAAUUAAAUUGUGGAAGUCCCUUUGUAUUGGAGAUCUGAUGGUGACCAACCAAAACAAUGGAAGAGCAUCUGUUCUUCAAGGUCUCACACUUCUGAAGUCACUUUCUUUAUGUGUUUAUGUUGGUAGAUUUUACAUGACGAUUCCCGAGGUAAAGUUUGGAGACAGUUAUUUGGAAACCAUUUUGUUGGUCAUAUAUGGGCAUGUUUGGGGAACUACUAAGAUUUCUGGCAUCUUUGGAUUACCUUGUCUUUUUUCCAAAGAGGUUAAGGAAAAAAAGGUGAAAAAGGUAAGAGAAAUGGAGCAUAAUUCAGUUGUGUGCUCAGAAAAUGAUCUUUUGGGUGAAGGGAAUUUCAUGAGUGGGCUAGACAAACCACUUAUCACAAAUGGUUAUCAUCUGGACUGGGCAGAGGGGAUAGUUAAGGACAAAUCGCUAUCUCAAGAAGUGCAAACCAAGAUCACUCAUGCUGAAGAAACCACUCAUGCAAAUUGUCGGAAGGUGUAUGCUCAUGCUCAUGAUUUUAAUAUCAACUCCAUCUCAAAUAAUAGUGAUGGUGAGACAUUUAUUUCCUCAGAUGACCUUCGGAUAAACUUAUGGAACCUUGAGAUCAGUGAUCAGUGUUUCAAUAUCAUUGACAUGAAACCAUCAAACAUGGAGGAUCUUACCGAGGUCAUUACAGUGGCCGAGUUCCACCCAAUUCAUUGUAAUCUGCUUGCAUACAGCAGCUCAAGAGGAUUUAUUCGUCUAGUUGACAUGCGUCAGUCAGCAUUAUGUGAUCAUAGUGCAAGAAUAUUACAAGAUGCAGAAUAUCAUGGAUCAAAAUCUUUCUUUACGGAGCUCAUUGCAUCUAUCUCUGACAUGAAGUUCACUUAUGAUGGGCAGCACAUCUUAAGUCGUGAUUACAUGAAUUUAAAGCUGUGGGAUAUGCGUAUGGAUUCCUCACCAGUUGCUGUGUUCAAGAUUCAUGAGCACCUGCGCCCUAAGAACAUAAAAGAUUUUACACAAAAUUCGACCUUAGCUCAGUGGCUAGAGCAGAGGGCUGAUUCCUCUAGGUCGCUGGUUCGAUUCCGGCAGUUAAAUGAUUUAUAUAAUGAUGACUCCAUAUUCGAUAAGUUUGAGUGCUGCAUCAGUGGAGAUGGACUUCGUUUUGCAACUGGAUCUUACAGCAAUAAUUUACGUAUAUUUGCACAUGGCGUUGGAAAUGAAGAAGGGAUUACAAUAGAAGCCAGCAAAAAUCCAAAUAGGGAAAAAAAAGGGGAUGAAGGAUCCCACUACUUGCUACUGAUAGACUUCUUUUCAUUGCUAGAUGGUCAUGAAUCUACUCUUGGAUUUGAAUUGUCAAAGCUCCCUGAUUAUGAAAGUCCCCGAGAGUAA